AGAAGAGGAUCCAGAAGUAGAUCUUAAUUUAUUGGAAAAUAAAAAAGUUAUUAUGGAGCUUCAAAAUCAAAUUCAACAUUUAGAAUAUAAAAAUCCAAUGAAUAUUAAUAAUUUUUUUGAUGUUCCCAAAGAAAGAAUAGUAUCAGAUAUAUUGACUGACAAAGAUAUUGUAACUAUUGUACAAGAAAAUAUCAACGAAGAGGAACAAGAAGAUGAUAGUAUAGAGUUAGAAAACAUUAGUCCACGAAAUGUAUUAGAAAUACUAGGUGUAAUUGAAACUUUUUGA